CAUGUCAAUCGUGAAUGCAGUUAUUGGCACUAUGCACUCCAGAGCGAAAUCACGGAGUUGUGAUAAUUACCUGAGCAUAAAGGACUCAGAAACAUUGGAUAGCUGCAUUCAGAGCACAUUGUCUGCUCUGUACCCACCGUUCAGUGCCACUGCUGCCACUGUGCUGUGGCAGCUCUUCAGUGUGGUGGAGAGACAAUAUCGUGGUGACGGCCUGCGCUGUUUCAUCGACUUUCUUCUCCCUGCCAAGAGGAUCCUUCAGAUCAUCCACCACGAGACUUGUCUGCGAUUUAAAGGUCUGCUGUUGUACCACGAGGGCUGGCCCCUGUGUAUCCAUGAGAAGGUGGUCCUGCAGCUGGCUCCUCUACACAAAGUACGCCUGAGGCAAGGUGACUUUUACCUGCAGGUGGUUCCCCUUGGCCGCAAAGCUGUCAAACUGGUGAUAAAAUGCCUGUCGGGUAGCGGGCAGGCCAUCACAGAGAUCCCUGUCGCGGAGAGUAUGUAUGGCAGCGUCUUCACUGCUGACUUCUUGCAGAAUGUAACACGCGAGCGCAAUCUGCAGCCUUUGCAAAACUGCCUGCUCACCACCGGUGCCGUGGUGUACCGCACACCGUGGAAAAACGUGGUCAACCCCCUUUUCGUCACCAGCACGGCCGAGGCCAUAAUGCAGGCGCGGAGUAGCGGCGUGACCCUUCGCGGUCAGCUCAGUGCCUGCAGCACUAAUGGGUCCACGGGCACCUUGGACAGCCAUCGCAGCUCCCGUGACUCCCUGCAUUCUCAGGGCGCAGAUUCUACCGUGUCCGAGCCAGUCCUGAGCCGCAGCCUCACCGACACCGGAAUUAGCUCCUUACCUUCGCAAGAUUCAGCUCUGGACCGACAGAGCGUCAUCUCCAAAGCCCACACUCUCCCCUCCACACCCGUGCAAGAGAGCGUGGGCCAGGUCCGAGACGGGAGCACGAACGAGAAACCUGGGGUCACCCAGAGAAGCCUGUCUUUCAGCACUGACCUCAGUAACCCUGGUCCACGACGACGCCACCACAGAGACUCUGUCGCCUUCGAGACCCGACGUCUCUUUCGAAAAUCCUACAUGGAAGCCCUGCAAAACCCAAUGAACCUCGGGUCCAGUUCCGAGUCCAUCCUGGAGGAAGGGCCGGAGCAAGGAGCGGAACCCAGAGACAAGGCCGGCCCCACGAGGGAGCAAGCGUCCAGGAGGAUCUGCGCCCGUGGCUGGCAGGGCGGAGACGACUCUCGCGUUAGCUCCCCGCUCCUCCAGCUGCAGCGCAGUUUCAGGAACGCCGAACCCGGUCACGCGGAACGGCGCUCCAAAUCUUUGGAACGAACUAACAAAGCCUCACAGGUCAAGGGUCACCGUGCACGAUCCUCCUCAGGGGGUUCAGCCAGCAUCUCGCCGAGGAAGCUCAUGAAUGGGUACAGCCUGCGCUUUGGCAGGUUAGACCUUGAGGGAGCCUUCCCUGGCAUCGAGAGGAGAAGCAGUAAAGACUCAGGUUUGCCCGAUGGUAACCUUCACACGGAGGCCAGAAGAAACAGCCAAGGCGGAGAGGAGUCUCAUUCUCCAAAGGCCCCCAGCAGAUCUCCUAACCUUCCACUUGCCCCUUCCAGAGUGCCCCCUGCUGCCUGUGAUCUGCAUCUGCCUAAAUUCUUUACUGAGGUCAAGCGCGAGCUGUUGACCUCUGGGGCUGUUACUCUGCCUGGUAACAGAGAUCGCAGUGGGCGAGCUAUUGUGCAGAUGUGCACUAGGAACGGCGUGUGGACAGACGAAAAGUACACUCCCAAAGACCUGGUGCGCCUCCUCGGCUAUUACUUUUCAACACUACGGAAGGAAAAGAGAGAUUUAGGUAUGACGGUUCUGGUGGACAGUAGGAGGCAACCAGCCAGUCCCACCUUGUUCUCAGCCCUGUCGCAAUUUCAGGCAUCUCUUCCAAAUGCACUUACCUCGGUUCUGUUACUUGUGGACAAAGAAGCAGCAAUGAAACUUGAGAGAGACGUUUCUGUACAAUAUGAAAUCCUGACCUCCCUGAAGGCUCUAAUGAAGCAUAUUGACUCAACCCAACUCACACGAGACCUGGAAGGCACCUUUCCCCAUGACCAGAACCAUUUUGUCCAGUUUAGACAGAAAAUUGAACUGUUUGCAAGCAGUUGCAGCGCAGCCAUUUUGUCCCUCCAAAGCUCCAUUGACAGUCUGAACAACAGUGGCAGCCUGGAGACCUCCAAGGAGGUGUCAGAGGUCAUCAGUAAGCAGAGGCAUCUCAUGAAGCGUGUGCUGGACGACGCUCAGCUGAACCGGCUGCGGCUGGAAGGUGGGACGUUUCUGGCUCGGAUUAGAAAAGAGGAAGCGUUGGACAAUGAUAACUACAGGGAAGCCAUAGACAUGGUCGGUGCACUGUACAAUCAGGUGGAUGAAGAGGUUCAUAAACUGGUGAUCCUGUCCAACAAAUCCCUCCAGCAACUGGAAAGUCUCCUGGAACAGCGCACCUUUGAGGAGCAGAGUGAACAGAUUAAACGGUGGUUGAGUGUAGAAGGUGAGAAGCACUUGGCCUGUCUGGAUUCCUACAGCUUCUCUCUGAGCACCAUCAAAGAACUGAGACAGAACUUGGCCCAGUUUAUUGAAGAAUCUGCGCAACAGCAGAGGAAGGCCGCGGUGUUUAUAAGAGAGUCAAAGGCCGUGGCCAGCUCGGCUCUGCUGGAUUUAAAACAGCAGAUCAGCUCCACACUGCAGCGCUGUGAGAGACGCAAGGCUGAGACGGAGACACUGCUCAACCUUUACGAGUUUUAUGAAUCGGCUAACCAGUGGAUGGAACACUGUCAGGACUACUUCAGCCAGCUGAAUAAGGAAGAGAACAGUGGCAGCUACCCUUCAUCAGUGCAUCAAAUCCUACAAGACUACCAUCAUGAAGCCACCAAGUUCUCUCUAGACAACUUCAGCUCACUUAACGAGAUGGUUGUGAAACUUAACAGUCCUCAAGAACUCAGUAAAUGGAAUGCCCUCUGGCACAGGUGCCAGGAUACCAAGCAACAGUUGGAAGAGGCACUAGCGAAGGUCUCAGCAUCUCCACACAUUUCAGCAGAGACCAGCCUUACGGCGCCAGAGGACAGACCGGCAAAAUCUAUGGAGCAGCUUGGUGGAGGUGGGGACUGUACACUCCCUGAGCUCCCUUCUGUGGACUCUGGGCUUCCGUCCUUUGAAUACGAUGACGCGAAGCCUCACUCUGCAGGACCUUUUUCCAAAAGCCAGUCACCUUUCCCCUCUACGCUCUUUCCCUUCCCCCCAGAGAGCGGCAAGCUCUCGCCCUCGCGCUUCGACGACACGGACAGCGACUGUACCAUCGACUCUUUGGUCUCCUGCCAAUCCGAGCCGGUUUACUCGCCCACCACGCGCCACCGUAAACAGCCCCUCAAGAAGAUCAUGAAGAAGACCAUGAGCUACGAGUUAAACUUACGUGACAGUAACCACCUGGAUACUGGUCACCAUGGCUACACAGGUGUUUACAUUAAAGGGCUCGAGGUGACCAACAACGUGAGCGUGGAGAAGAAGCUCCAUCGGCCGGACGUUAAGAGCCCGGUGCAGGGACGUAGCAGAAGCAUGUCUUCCCCCUCCAGAGUGCACUGCAGACGCGUUGAGACAGACACCAAGAGGCAGAACAGUAAAGCUCAACAUAUAAUGGAUGAGAUGAUCGCAACGGAGAGGGAGUAUGUGCGAUCUCUCAGCUACAUUAUUGAGCACUACUUCCCCGAGAUGGAGCGACUGGACCUUCCACAGGACCUGCGUGGCAAGCGUGCAAUCAUCUUUGGGAACCUUGAGAAGUUGUGUGACUUCCACAGCCAGUACUUCCUGAAAGACCUAGAGAACUGUGCCCAUUCGCCUCUGUUAGUGAGCAGCUGCUUCCUACAACAUGAGGAUCAGUUUGGAAUGUACGCUCUCUACAGCAAAAACAAACCUCGCUCAGAUGCCCUACUCACUAGCCAUGGCAACAGUUUCUUCAAAAAUAAACAGAUGGAAUUAGGAGACAAGAUGGACUUGGCAUCCUACCUGCUGAAACCCAUUCAGAGGAUGAGUAAAUAUGCUCUCCUUCUCAAAGACCUGAUUAAAGAGUGUGGUCACUCCCAGGAGCAGGAACUCGCUGACCUCCGCACUGCAGAGGAGAUGGUCAAGUUCCAGCUGCGCCAUGGCAACGACCUGCUGGCAAUGGACGCCAUCCGUGGAUGUGAUGUCAACCUGAAGGAGCAAGGUCAGUUACGAUGUCAGGAUGAGUUCAUUGUCUGGUGUGGACGGAAGAAAUACCUCCGACAUGUCUUCUUGUUUGAAGACCUCAUUCUUUUCAGCAAAACGAAAAAGAUUGAAGGGGGGUAUGACAUCUACAUCUACAAGCAGUCCUAUAAGACGGCAGAAAUUGGAAUGACCGAGAAUGUUGGCGACAGCGGCCUCCGUUUUGAGAUCUGGUUCCGUCGCAGGAAGUCUCAGGACACAUUCAUCCUGCAAGCCAACUCCACGGAGGUCAAGGCUGCCUGGACCUCUAUCAUUGGCAAGAUCCUGUGGAGACAGGCCUUGAGAAACCGAGAGUUACGGAUGCAGGAAAUGGUUUCCAUGGGAAUUGGCAACAAACCUUUCAUGGAUAUUAAACCCAGUGACGCAGCCAUCAGUGACCGAGCCAUUGAUUACAUUAUGAAAGGGUCAGAAUCUAGGACACGGGCAUCCAUAGCAGUAUCGUCCUUUGACCACUCCACGCCCUUUAAGAGGCCGCACUCCACCAUCUCCAAUAGCAGCAGCUCCUCAUCCAGCAGCCAAUCCUCCUCCUCUCUUUUGGGCUCACUCAAUCUGCACCUGUACCCCUCCUCCGCCCACCCGCUGCCCGGCUGCCCGGCCCUGGCGCACUGGCCGUACGACUGCAUUGAAGAGGAUGAGCUGGAGCAGGACACGGCCGGACAACCAUCCAUGAUCACAGAGAGCUCCGAGACAUCCUCCCAGUUAACAUCUAGUGACAGCAUGAUGGGUUUAAGCACGCUUUCCAUCCCACGACGUCCUAGCAACGCCAUGGAAACCUUCCCCAGCGAGCCGGCCUCCUACCUUUCCUCCACCGCUCCCUCCCCCUCACCCCCAAAGGUCACUUCCUCAAUCCUGUACCAGAAAGAUCCAGACCUUCAGCCUCAGGCUAGCAACUUCAUUACUGCACUAUAAAUGGUUUGAUAUCAUGGCUGGUACCACAGGAACCAUGACGUGGAUCCCUAAGCACUGCAGCACUGAAAACAGACGGCCUCAUGU